CACCACGGACUUCUCUGCAUCCGCAACCAUGGUGUCCAUCGACUACGAAGGAAUGCUGGCGGCGGCAGCGUACCAUUACAACAAGAACCGGCCGUUCUUCCCGAUGUACCUUCACCUCAUCACCUCCGCCCUCUUCCCAAUCUACACCGGCGCAUACGCUUCUCUGUCCCGCCCGUCCUCCGCAGCCAAGCCGAUCAAAUCGAAGAAACAAGCAAACGACGACGAAGAUGAGGAGGAAGAGACAGCCCAGAAGAUGGAAGGCUUGUCACCGUCGGAUGCUAUCAUAUUCCCAAUCACUGCUGGCUGUGUCCUGGCAUCCCUGUAUUGGUUGAUCAAGACGUACGGUGCCGGUGUCAUCAACACGGUGCUAGGCGUAUACUUUUCUGUGAUUGGAACAUUCAGCGUGGGCAAGCUGAUCAACGAUGUCUGGACAACUUUGAGUGGCUUCGUCACUCCCAGCUACUACUGGAGUGAGCACAAGAUAUGGAAAGUGGUUGACGGAGAACGUAAGGCUGUGGCAUUGGGCCAGGAGAAUGCGAACACCUCUCCACGCCAUUCGCCUCUCCCCGGCAGCAUGGGCGGUCUCCCACUCCCUCAGGUCCUCCUCGACCUGGCAUGGAGAUUGAGAGCCCUCACAAAACAGAAAUUCACAGUCAAAGGCUAUGCGAAAGACAUCAUCGAGUUUUCAGUCGCAGUCACUCGCCAUAAUGUUAUCUCUGGCUUUCUGGGUGUUGGUGCUGUCGCCUACUCUCUUCUGGUAGGAAAGCCGUGGUUCCUCACCAACCUGCAGGGCUUCGCAGUCUGCUAUGGCGCGCUGCAGCUGAUGUCGCCAACAACAUUCGCAACCGGAACGCUGAUCCUUUCCGGUCUCUUCUUCUACGACAUAUGGGCAGUCUUCUUCACACCACUCAUGGUCACAGUUGCUACGAAUUUGGACGUUCCAAUCAAGCUUGUGUUUCCCAGGCCGAGCGAAGAAGGUGAGAAACCAGCAUUCAGCAUGCUUGGUCUCGGCGACAUUGUUCUCCCUGGAAUCAUGAUCGCCCUUGCCUUGCGUUUCGAUCUCUAUGUCCUUGCAGCGACCUUUCCCAAGCCAUACUUUACCGCCUCGCUGGUCGGCUAUGUGAUCGGCAUGAUCGCCACUCUGGUCUUCAUGAGCAUCUUCCAACAUGCUCAGCCUGCUCUUCUCUACCUUGUUCCGGGGGUCUUGAUCAGUCUGUGGGGUACCGGUCUGGUUCGUGGCGAGCUCUCAGAGAUGUGGGAGUACACAGAAGCU